UGGAGCAGGGUGACGGGUGCCGCGCACAAUUUUCGGUUAGCUCAGCUCCGGAAUCCCCUACCAGAAGGUCCCCGAGAUGAAGGGGGAUCCUGGCGGGGGAGGAUAGAGCCAGACCAGAGAGUCCAUUGGCGCCUCUGCCCAGUGUCCCCUAACGUCUUCCUGAAGGAUAGGUUUGGACCGGCUCCUGGAUCCGAACUCUUGCAGGGCCAGGAGACAAAAUGUCAUCAACUUUUUUGCCGGUAUCACGGGCUCCUGAAGAUAAAGGAAAAGAUGAACCAGUCAAAAAGGACAAGCCAUAUAGGAUCUUUUUCAAAGAUCUCUUUCUUUUCAAAGAAAAUGAAAUGGCAGCAAAGAAAAAGGAAAAAUUUAUAAACCGCAGCAUGAAAGUCUACCAGAAGUCUACAUUUUCAUCUCGAAUGAAGAGUCGUUCACACCUGGGCCAAGUAGCUUUCUACUCUGACACAGCUGGUGGCUCAUUCGAAAAAUUUGGGCUAGAUCCCUCUCUUAUUCUAAGAUUAACAGAAGGUGCGGACACAAAAAGGACUAUUCAUGAAUUUAUUAAUGACCAGAGAGACAGGUUUCUGCUGGAGUAUGCCCUGUCAACCAAAAGAAAUACAAUUAAAAAGUUUGAAAAACACAUGGUGGCAAAAGAACGGCACCUCACAAGAGCCGAAAAAAAACUCCAAGAAGACGCAAUGGCCUUUGAAGAGUUCCUUCGAGAAAAUGACCAGCGAUCUGUAGAUGCUCUUAAAAUUGCAGCACAGGAAACUAUAAACAAACUCCAAAUGACAGCAGAGCUCAAGAAAGCCAGUAUGGAGGUGCAGGCCGUGAAAAGUGAUAUAGCAAAAACAGAAUUCCUCCUUAGAGAGUACAUGAAAUAUGGAUUUUUUCUGCUGAAAUUGUCUCCAAAACACUGGCAAAUCCAACAAGCGCUGAAAAGGGCACAGAUGAGAAAGAGUAGAGAGAGUAUGAAUGUCAGUCUUCCAGUACUAACAAAAUUAAAUACAACGAAAACAGAUGCCAGUACUGAGGAUCCCAGGAAGAUAUCAUUUUCAGAUGACUAUUAUGUGGAAAGAGAUCGCCAAGGAAAACCACACAAGAAGCCCACUCCAGAGAGUAAGAAAUCUUCUGUAUCAAGCCACGCUGAGAGCAUCAGUUCAGAAGACAGCUCGGAAUUAUUUUUAGAGAAUGAUAUGGACUAUGAUCUGGAGCCAGAGCUUUACUUCAAAGAACCAGAAGAGUUACUUCAAGUCCUCACAGAGCUGGAAGAGCAGAAUCUAACUUUGGUACAAUAUUCCCAAGAUGUAGAUGAAAAUCUUGAAGAUGUAAAUAAAAGAGAAAAACUUAUACAGGAUAAAAUAAAUAGCAACAUAGAGUUUCUUCUGAAGCACAAGGAAAUGCUUAAGGCUAGCUGUGAGAGAGAAGAGGAAAAAGCAGCAGAACUGGAAUUAAGGUCCAGGCUAUUUAGUUUUGGAGAAUUUCAGUCAGACACUCAGAAUCAGGAAUUGGGGCAGGAUGCUACCUGGAGAACGAUUUACUUUGCCCAGCAGUUUAUUGAGAUCCUCUUAACUGCGAAUGCCAAAUUCACGGUGGAGAAAGAGGCUGAAAGUUUUUUGGUCCCGAAACACGUUACCUACCAGCUCGAGCGUAUCUACCAACAGUUAAGACGGCGCAGUGGCCAGGAAAAACUGAUAGACUCUCUUAGUAAAAAAAUUAAUCAAGUAUACAGAGUCUGCAUUGGAGAUGCUGAUGUUGGCAGCCUCAACCCGGUUCAAAAGCUGGUAAAAGUAGAGUCUCGCCUGGUAGAACUGAGUGAUCUCAUUGAAUCCAUGCCCAAAGAAAAUGUGGAGGCAAUUGAGAGGAUAAAACAGAAAGAACGGCGGCAAAAGUUACGUGAAGAGAAAAUGAAAGAAAAACAAAAACACCAGGAGGAAAGGCUAAGAGCUGCUCUGGAAAGAGCAGUAGCACAACCGAAGAAAAAGCUGGGAAGACGACUUGUCUAUCGCUCAAAACCUCCAUCUGCUAACAAACAUGAACUACUUUUAGUCAAGGAUGUAAGAACAAAAUCACUAGAGGAUGAAUAUUUUUUCACUUGAAUAGAAGCAGUAAGACAUUUAUUACGAGAAUAUUUUAGGCAUAUUUUGUAGAUUCUGUUUUCCAUUAAUGGCAAUAUUCUGCCCCAUAUGCUGGCCUAACCAAUUUGAGGAUGACCACACUUAUUCUAGUGGUUGUAGGAUUGGGAAUGGGAGUUAUUUUCCUCUGUUGAAGGCUUUUAUUAUCAUAUACUAAGUAAAAUUCCAUACAGCUGAACAUUUUUACCCUUGAGUUGUCCCAGUUGGAUACACAUCCAAAGUUUACCUUACAGGUGUAACUAUGUGGUGAAUUACUUGCUAAAGUGCAACAAUGGCAUUCUCGGACAACUGGGGACUUUAAAUGGUCUAAUUUGUUUUUAACCAGUCCACAGUUCAUAGUAUACAUUUUAUCACUGUGGAGAAUACAUUUUAACAAUGUAUGAUUCUAAAUGGUUUUGAGGAGUCUAAAACAUAAAUGAAAACCACUAGUAUAUUCUCAGAAUUUAACUGUGAGACUGGUUUUUAAUUCACAUUAAGGAGUUCUGUUGAGAACACUUAAUUCUUGCAAGUGAACAAACCAUAUACUUUUAGCCUAAAUAUCAAUUCACAGUUUCUACUGUGCGCUAUAUCCACAAUCAUUUUAAUUUUCAGAUGAUGUUUCAAUUUUAGCUAUAACAUGUACAUUACUUAGAUUAUACUGACAGAAUUAACAUGUAAUUUGUUGACUAUGUAAAAUAAAACAGUAUAUAUUAAUUCUAAGAAAAUAUUUAACUUUAUACAUGUCAAAAGUUGUUCAAAAAUAACUUUAAAAGAGUUGUUUUUAAAAGGUCUCAGUUAAUAUAUAAUUACAAGAAAAGGACUGAAAUUCACCUUCAUAAAUGUUUAUGAAGCAAAAAAAUUUUCCCUGUAGAAAAAAA